AUGUUGGGUUCUAGGCUCCAGAUCUUGGUUCUUUUGUGCGUACUGUCUAUUGCAAAUGCAACUGGACUUCAGAAGUAUCAUCGUGAAGAGCAAAUAUCGAAUAUUUUGAGGGCAAGAAAGGAUCCACCCAGCCCUCCGAUCAACUCAACCAUCACAACACUUGCACCUCAAUUCUUCACCGACCAAGGCUCCAAAAGGGUGAAGGUCACUUACGGACCAUUCGUCGUACCAUCGAUGGACAUCAACAAUGGCAUGCAAAACUUCGAGUUUGCAAGCGUCAAGUUUGGAUGCAAAAAUUGCACCGUCACCUACAUGGAGGCUGGACUUGAGUAUCCCAAUGGGACAUACGCAAAUGCCAAUACUAGCCUGUGGCUGCACCAUAUCGUCCUGUACAACUUGAACAAUUUGGACACCGUUUGUGGGACUGAGGAGUUUGGAGAACGUUUCUUUGCUUCUGGAAACGAGCGCUCUCCGGUCAACAUCUGUAUCAAUGGAACCGACAAGGCGGGCUACUAUGUUGGACCGAAUGACACAAUUGCAUUCCUGACGGAACUCAUGAAUACGGCCAUGAUGAACCAAACAGCCAUCGUUACCAUAACUUAUGAGUAUCUCCCUGGUCUGCCCAGUAACUUCCACAAAGUGACUCCAAUAUGGUUGGACAUCACUGGCUGCGGAGGCUCAGAGGCACCAGCAAAGAACGACACUGCAUUUCAAUACACUUCUCCUGUUUGGACAGCCAACGCAACUGGCCGAGUUACAUCCGCAAUCGGGCAUCUCCACGAUGGUGGAGUUCACCUCGACAUCACGAAAAACAACAGCACGAUGUGCGACUGCGCAGCAGCAUACGGCCAGAACCCAGGCUACGUGGAUCCAUCGGGUAUGAGCAUGCCAGGAAUGCCCAUGAUGAACAUGGGGAUGCACAUCUCCUCGCUCUCCGAAUGCUCCACUGGACAGAUCAACCUGGGCGAUAAUUUGACUGUGACGGCAUUCUAUAACACCACAGAAUACAUGCCCAUGACGAAUACCGAUGGCUCGCUGGCGCCGAUCAUGGGUAUUGCGCUGCUGUAUUUGGCGCAGAAUGAAACGUACACCAGCACCUCGACCAGUAAACCCUCCACAUCGAUACCCACGGGAUCAGGAUCUGGAUCAGGAGUCUCGAGUUCCAGCUCUCAUGCCGCUGCUGCGAUGAUCACCAGUGGCCCCGUUUUGGUAGCGGGCGCAAUGGGUGCCAUGGUGGCGUUUGGCUUCGCCUGA